CAAUUAACAGCUGAGAUUGUGCAAUCCGAUGCUGUUAAUCCGUCCUUUCAACAUGUUAACCUUAUUGAUUAUAUAUAUAAAUGUCUGCCAUAUUUUGGUAUCUGUACACAUGGCGAGUGAGAUAAAGCUGACUCCUUUUCCCCCAUUAUCUUAUUGCAGUCGGCGAUCUGAACCACUUAAUUUCUGCGACGAUGAGUGGUGUGACAUGCUGCCUUCGAUUCCCUGGACAGCUGAACUCUGACCUCAGGAAGCUCGCAGUAAACCUCAUCCCGUUCCCUCGCCUCCAUUUCUUCAUGGUUGGGUUCGCCCCCUUGACCUCCAGAGGGUCGCAGCAGUACCGUGCAUUGACAGUCCCGGAGCUGACUCAGCAGAUGUGGGACGCCAAAAACAUGAUGUGCGCAGCCGAUCCGCGUCACGGCCGGUACCUCACUGCCUCGGCGAUGUUCCGCGGCAAGAUGAGCACCAAAGAAGUCGACGAACAGAUGAUCAAUGUCCAGAACAAGAACUCUUCAUACUUCGUCGAGUGGAUCCCGAACAACGUGAAGUCCAGCGUCUGCGACAUCCCGCCGAAAGGGCUGAAGAUGGCUUCCACGUUCGUCGGCAACUCGACCUCGAUCCAGGAGAUGUUCAGGCGUGUGAGCGAGCAGUUCACGGCUAUGUUCAGGCGCAAGGCUUUCUUGCACUGGUACACUGGCGAGGGGAUGGACGAGAUGGAGUUCACCGAGGCGGAGAGUAACAUGAACGACCUGGUGGCUGAGUACCAGCAGUACCAGGACGCGACGGCGGACGACGAGGAGUACGAGGACGAGGAAGAGGAUGCGGCGUAAGUAAAGCUUCAGUAUGAUGAUUUCUGGCAAGUUGUUCUCUUUGGCUCUCUGUUUUGAGUUGAGUGAUGAUUGUUGUCCCGUUUUGUUGAUAACUGGGCCUGAUUUGGGUUCGCAUCAUGUGUGUAUAUAUAUUUGUAUGUAAUUGUUUGAUGGAUUAUGCUUGUAUUUGAUAUAUAGAGAUAUAUAUGGAUGAAUUGUGUAUCAGAAAGAUGUAUCUAAGCAACACACGCGCUGAUUAGACGUGAUGCUGCAAAUUACAGAUGAUCCACAAUAUAAUAAGCUUUUCUGAUCCAAUCUCAAAGUAGAGCAUUUCAAGGUUAAAAGGAUGCAUGAAAUGAAGAAUUGUGAUUAGU